CCUCUGUCGUGCUCUCUCCAGUGUACUGGGCGGUGCCUCGUCACCUUAUUUUUUUUUCAGUCCCACCCCUUCUGCCUCUCUAGCCCGGCCCCUGGGCUUCUGCUCUGCACCCCGAAGCGGAUCCCCGCGUUGGUCUGGCCUGGGCCAUUGACGUCAUCACCAAGUUUGCUGUCCUUCGCGUCCCACAUGUGGCGGUAGGGGCCGAGGAGCCUGCGGGGAGAGCCUAGGAGCACAGUGGCAACGGUGUCUGACAGGUUCCACGCAACGGGGCCCCUCCAGGCUGUUCCCAGCUGGGGCCCCAGAGGAGUGGGUAGACUUCCGGAGCGCUCAAGAGGCCUGAAGGCUCGAGUCCCAUUCGGACAGAGGGAAAAGGGGGACCUUGCUUGCUCGGUUGCUGAGCUGAGCUGAGCCAAGACUCAGGACAUGCUCCUGGGUCGGCCAGGAAAGCAGAGCAGCCAGCGGCUGGAAAAAGGGUCACUCGUCCUAAGCAGAGCGCGCACAGUUCUUUGGCCCGGGAGCCCUGCGUCCGCUCCACGGGGACAAGCCAAGGAUGCGCGAUCGCUGCGCCGAGUUCUGCACCGGUAGCUGCUCAGGACCCUGCUGAGCCGAGCACCUUCACCACCGCCGCCGCAGAGACUGCCUUGCCCAGCGACUCUCGGGACCCAGGUCGCCGAGUUCUGCGCAGCUAGGCUCAGGACUCGGGCGCGUUUGAGACCAUGGUUUCUUAAGCACGGCCCCGCACCCCUUUUCUCCCCGUCGCCGAAGCCUGGGACCCCGAGAAGGGUUCGUUGAGCUAGGUCCCCAGCUCCAGUUCCUGCAGUUGCCCCGUGGGGCAGCUCUCGGGCACUCAGGGGCGCUCGGGCGAUGUGGCCGCGGGGCAGCACUCUGGCCAGCAGCGGGGAUGGCGGGGCUUCCUACACGGUCGUGGCCUAGCAUGGCCCGUUCGCCGUCCGAGGUCGCCUCCGGCUAGGAUGGCCCCCUCGGGUCCCGCCGGCGCCCAGCCCAGCCCGGCGGAGCCACUGUCGCGCAGCAUCUUCAGGAAGUUCGUGCUGAUGCUCUGCUCUCUACUCACUUCUCUCUACGUCUUCUACUGCUUAGCCGAGCGCUGCCCGCCUGGCUCGGGCCCCGUAGCGGGGGUCCCGGGGCGCGGCGUCCCCGCAGGACCCAGGGAACUGGCGAUGUGGCCCGCGGGGGCGCCAAGGAAGCGCCUUCUGCAGCUGCGGCAGCGGAGGAGGCGCGGGCGGCCGGGGAUUGGAGACAGCAGCAACCAGGACGAGCAGAGUCCUGGGCUGGCCGCCUCUCCAGGCGGCUCCGGGGCGGGAAGCAGCGUGGCCGAGGCCCAGCCGGGGACCCUGGCCUUACUCCUGGACGAGGGCAGCAAGCAGCUGCCACAGGCCAUCAUCAUCGGCGUGAAGAAGGGCGGCACGCGGGCUCUGCUGGAGUUCCUGCGCGUGCACCCAGACAUACGCGCCGUGGGUGCUGAGCCCCACUUUUUCGACCGCAGCUACCACAAAGGCCUCUCCUGGUACCGGGACUUGAUGCCCAGAACCCUUGAGGGACAGAUCACCAUGGAGAAGACGCCCAGUUACUUUGUGACCCGGGAGGCACCCGCACGCAUCUCGGCCAUGUCUAAGGACACCAAGCUCAUCGUGGUGGUGCGCGACCCGGUGACCAGGGCCAUCUCGGACUACACGCAGACGCUGUCCAAGCGGCCGGACAUCCCCAGCUUCGAGAGCCUGACGUUCCGCAACCGCAGCGCGGGCCUCAUAGACACGUCCUGGAGCGCCAUCCAGAUCGGUCUGUACGCCAAGCACCUGGAGCCCUGGCUGCGUCACUUCCCCCUCGGCCAGAUGCUCUUCGUGAGCGGGGAGCGGCUGGUCAGCGACCCGGCCGGCGAACUGCGCCGCGUGCAGGAUUUCCUGGGCCUCAAGCGCAUCAUCACCAACAAGCACUUCUACUUCAACCAGACCAAGGGCUUCCCGUGCCUCAAGAAGGCGGAGGGCAGCGGCAAGCCGCACUGCCUGGGCAAGACUAAGGGCCGCGCGCACCCCACCAUCGCGCGCGAGGUGCUGCGGCAGCUGCGUGACUUUUACAGGCCCUUCAACCGCAAGUUCUACCAGAUGACCGGCCGCGACUUCGGCUGGGAUGGAUAGCAGAAAUAAUUUACAAAGAAAAAAGAAUAAUAUCAAAAUAUAAUAUAUUUUUUUACCAGUCGGUAGAGAAAAGACAGUCUAAUAUUUGUGUAUUAAGAGUAUGUGUUGCAGUAUUUUUUUCUUCCGGGCCCCUUGGAUAAUUAGCACCAAACAUGCGCAUAGCAGAAAAGGAGAUUUCCUGUAUCUAAGCAUCUCUUAUCUCUGGUUCAUUUGUCUUCUGAGCACUCAUUCACAAAGGAUGAGCACCAGUACCCCGCUAAACUGUUUUAAGAACCCCCUCCCACCAGGGUAAACCUCUCUUUUGUUACCUACAGACACCUGAUAGAACUGAGAAGUGGCCUUCCAGGGUUUUUUUUUGGUUUUGGUUUUUGGUUUUGGUUUUUUUGUUUCUUCCUGUGCCACUUUUCUCCUAAGUCAUUUCUCGGCUAAGAUACUCUGUAUGCACAGGACCUUUUUCGAUUGUAGUUUUGACCCUUACACCACUACUGCAAGCAUGUAGCGAGCUUCUAGAGAUCGUCAUUUUCUAUUUUAGAGAUGAGGGAAACUGAGUCUCAGGGAGGUCCAAUGACUUAUCUUAAAGCUGGAUGGUGGAUCCUGGACUAAAUCCUGUCUGCCGCUUUUUCUCUAUUUUGUGACACCGCCCCUGACCCCACCCUGCUGGAGCGAGUAAGUCACCUGGAACUUUAGAAGCUCCGGAGUGAUCCGGAAAGGCCAGAGGACUUGUUACUGCAAUGUGAGUCCCAGGCUGGCCUACGGUACACAGCCUCAUUACAUAGCUGUAUUCAAGGAAGUCGCGGAGAUGGCCACACAAGCCCUCUGGGGAGCCCAUCUUGCCUCUUGGCUGAUCAAAGGAUGCUAAGACAAGGAGAUCUGACAUGGGUGGUCAUCUGAGUCCCAGAGAAAUGACUGAACUCUUCUAUUGAUGGACAGAUAGAACCAGGAGUGUCACAAAGCAGCACUUACUGGCUGUUGAUUUGACUUCUUUAUUAUUUUUUUAAAAGAAAAAAUUCAGAACUUAUAAAUACGAAUUCCAUUUUCCUUGUUUUAGAAACAAAAUCCCCCUUUUCUUUGUAGUAUCUCGGGUAUGACCUCAGUUAACAACUCCUUCCCAGCUCCCCCAGUUUUCACAGACUGAAGCUAUCACUUAGUCACUUUAUCCAUGACCCCCAUUUCCCUCUUAUCUGAAUCAUAACCUAAUGCGCAUUAAUGUUUGGAAAAUAUUCUAAGAAAAGAGACAUGGCUGUGGGUGGAAUGGUGACAUUUCCUCCGCUUCCACCUCCCUUUCCCGUCUAAAUGGCUCAAAUGAAUCAAUAGUUUAUUAAGAGUACUCCCUGCUCUCUGAGUGGGUAUUAACGAGAUUAACAUUAAUGGGAAUUAAAUUGGUUUAGCGAGGAGCACACAUGUGCUGAUCAUAUAAAACAUUCAUAAUUACUCUGUCAGCGACAUUUUGCCACAGGUUUAAGACCAAGAAGAACAUGUUUGCUCUUCCAUCAAUAUUUCCCUUAUCUACUAAAAUUUAAAGGGCCAAACACUCUAAUACACUAAAAGAAUGCACUGUUUUCUUUGCUGUCAAUCAAGAGAAACUAAAGUUUGUUUUUACAAUACGUUGGAUGACCGUGGGUUUGUCGUAGUUGCUCCAUCAGGGAUGUGCAUGUCUCUUAGGAAGAUUAAUAUGGGGUUAAAAUGAAGUGAAAACAUCAUUUUAAGUUUCUAAAUAUUUUGUCAUCUUUGAAUUUAUUUGCUGAUACCCCUUUAAUGCGAAUUAAGCCCGGAAUUCAGGUCACCCAUUCCACAUGGUCUCCUACACUUGUAUGCCCUUGGUGUCCAGAACCAGUCCGUUUUCAGUCGCCCGAGUCACCACCAGCAGCCACGGGAGACUCAUUUGCAGCUCUGCUCAUCCUUUAUUUUGUUUGUGAUUCUGCAUCUUCUGUAUUUCCCCUCUCUGCCUGCCGAUAUGCAAAAGCGGCUUGCACAAAAAACCAGAGUUGUAUCAAACAGCUGCACUCAGCAACCUCCCUCUUUUCCCAUGGAAGAGAUAAUAAAAGAACAAAAUUGAGUGCAAAGGA